AUGGAGUCCGGUGGUGUUUCCAAGAUGACUGCUCUUCUCAUGCUUUUCAGAGGUGAUCUCCUGUCAGGAAAAACCAAGAGUGGAUCUAAGGGACUUUUCAUCCUCAGCGUCCUUUUUUGUAUUUCUGCUUGGAGACCAGUAACCGCUGGAGCCCUGACAGAUCUGGAAUUUGAGCGGAGUCCCAAUACUGUCAUCUCGUCGCUGGGCAAGCCUGUUACCAUGCAGUGCACCCUGAAGGGCACGGGGAGCGAGGAAGAGGACCCCCCAGAUGUGCUCUGGCUGAGAGACGGGGUGCUGCUUCCGUACGCCGACACCAACCAGAUCCAGGUCCACACCGGCAGCAACAGCUGGACCAUCAUGAGCACGCUCAGUAUUCAGAAAGUCCAGCUUCAAGACAUGGGGGCAUAUCGAUGUGCUGUUCGGUCAGAAAGCCACCAGACCAUGUCCGAGGAGGGGAGCAUCCAGCUGGAGGGUCUUCCUCACUUCUCGGUGGAGCCCCAGCACACGUCCAUGGUGGCCAACGUGUCCCUCAGCCUGAGCUGCGUGGCCCACGGCCCCCCAGACCCCGUCAGGGUCAUCUGGCUGCAGGACGGCGCUCCUCUCAACUCCCUGAAGGACCCGGUGGCCCUGUCCCCCUCCACCCUCAACAUCACAGGUUUGAACAGGACCAGCACUUUUUCCUGUGAGGCCCACAACCGCAAAGGCGUGGCCACCUCUGGAUCUGGAACCAUCACGGUUCUCCCAUCAAAGCCUCAGAAUCUGCAAACGUUGGAGAUCACUCCGACCAGUCUACAUAUAUCAUGGCAGCCCGGUUUUGGAGGCGACUACCCAAUAAUCCGCUGCUCUAUUCAGGCCAAACACUCGGGAGAACCCUUCACAGGAGGCCCAGAUAAGAUGAUCCACAACCAGAACGUGAACAUCCCCCCAGCCUCGCACCUGAUCGGGGGCCUGGAGCCCCACAGCCUGUACGCAGUGAGGGUGGCCUGCCACAGCAGCCAGGGCCCCUCCGCCUGGACCCCCUGGGUGGAGCUGCGCACCAAAGAAGGAGUGCCAGAUCACCCGCCCGUUAACGUUAGCGCUGUGCUGAACGGGACAGACGUGCUGCUGACAUGGGAGGGGCCCCCAGGAAAGCUGAAUGGAGAACUGCAGGGCUACAUGGUGGAGUACAGCACCCCCAACGCUCAGCAGUUUGUUGUGGACACUGGAUUGGACACCGAGCUGUCAAUCAAUCUGUCUGUCCCCCUGUCCAAUGUGACCUUUCGAGUGUGUGCCUAUACAGGGGUGGGGCAAGGACCCUGGACCCCCACACAGACCCUGACCCUUAUUACUCCUGAAAUGGAGGAAUUCAGAGGCCCGUCAACUCCCCCGGCUUUUUCCUGGCACUGGUGGUAUGUGGUGAUGGCCAUCGCCGGCGCCGUGUCCAUCGCUGUGCUCAUGGCUGUUUAUGUGGCCAAGCUGCGGCGCAAGGAGACGCGUUUUGGAGAGGCGUUUGAACCCAUGAUGGAGAGCGGAGAGCUGGUGGUCAGGUACCGCGCCCGCCGCACGUACAGCCGCAGGACCACAGAAGCAACAUUGAACAGCCUGGGCAUCAGCGAUGAGCUGAAGCAGAAGUUACAAGACGUGAUGGUGGACAGACAUAAACUAACCCUGGGAAAGACCCUAGGAGAAGGGGAAUUUGGCUCUGUGAUGGAAGGUCUGCUGACUCAGGAGGAUUCUUGCCUCAAAGUCGCCGUCAAGACUAUGAAGAUCGCUAUCUGUACCCGCUCAGAGAUGGAAGACUUUCUCCGAGAGGCCGCCUGCAUGAAGGAGUUUGACCACGCCAACGUCAUGAGGCUUCUAGGUGUGUGUCUGCAGACUGUGGAGAGUGAAGGUUACCCCUCCCCCGUUGUCAUCCUGCCCUAUAUGAAACACGGAGACCUGCACAGCUAUCUGCUCUACUCGAGGCUCGGAGACUUUCCUGUGUACCUCCCGUCUCAAAUGCUGGUGAAGUUCAUGACUGAUAUUGCCCGUGGGAUGGAGUACCUCAGCCGCAAGAACUUCAUUCACAGGGAUCUUGCCGCUCGCAACUGCAUGCUGAAUGAGAACAUGAAUGUGUGUGUGGCAGACUUUGGCCUCUCCAAAAAGAUCUACAACGGAGACUACUACAGGCAGGGCCGCAUCUCCAAGAUGCCGGUCAAGUGGAUCGCUAUCGAAAGCCUGGCUGACCGCGUCUACACCACCAAGAGUGACGUGUGGUCGUUUGGAGUUACCAUGUGGGAGAUCGCCACGAGAGGCCAGACUCCAUACCCUGGGGUGGAGAACAGUGAGAUUUAUGAUUAUUUGAGACAGGGAAACCGUCUCAAGCCGCCUCCAGAUUGUCUGGACAACAUCUACGCCCUGAUGUUCUCCUGCUGGCUGCUGAGCCCCAAGGACCGGCCGUCCUUCGAGGCGCUGCGCUGUCAGCUGGAGAAAGCUCUGGAGGAUCUGCCGGACACCCAGGAUCCCGAGGAGAUCCUGUACGUCAACAUGGACGAGUCUUCCAUGGAGCUCGGGGCCGUCGGUGGCCGUGACCCCAUGGGGGGGCCGUCCCCUCUCUGCCUGAAGGGCCUGGACUCUGUGACCACGGUGGAGGUGCACCACCCCAACCGCUACGUCCUCUGUCCCCAACACGAGACCACCCGGCCCCUCUCUGAGUCCCUGGAGAGCCUGGACAUGCCGGUGUCGUCUUCCACCGCCACGCUGCCUCUACAACCGUCCUGCCAUUCCACCCCCAACCCAACCCCAGCGCCCACCCCGACUGUGGAGCUGCUGGAGGACAGGGAAGGCUCUAGAAAAAUGCCGUGGCAGUGAUGGCAUCACCCAUAAAAGUCUGGCCAAAGUGUGCCAUCCUUAAACCCCAGUCCAAGAAGUAGAUCCUCUUGCUACUGACUGCAAGAAACCUAAAGUGCCCCUAAGUAGAUAUUUUUGCACAAACACACACAAAGCAUUCCAAGGAAGUGAAGAAUUGGGAUUAUUUCCUUUGUUAACCCUUACGCUUCUGUUAUGAGCACAUUUCCAAGAGAGUGUGAAAAGUGUAGCCGGAGGAACACUGUUACCAACGGGGUGAUCUGGUUUAGAGCACAUGUUGUUGAACUCGUACACUGCAGCACAAUCAGAGAAACCCAACUCCCCGUCGCUAUAGCAAUACAACUACCUGUACACAGCAGAUCGAUCUCCUUCACGUGAAGCUCAAGAAUCUGAUCGUGAAACCAGCGGCAGAUUCACACUGCCAGCCUGAAUCUACAACUAAACAAACUCAGGAGCUUGGACGCUAAAAAGCGCUAACGUGGAAUCCCUGAUAACUCUCAGCAAAAAGAAAACUGAGGACUGAAGAAAAAAUUGAGGAAGAAGUGUCUUUACUGAAGGUAUCUGAUGAAGACAAAUGUCUGCCUACAUUGAUACAGUUUAUGAAGGACGAUAAGAAAGGUUAUUUUGAGCUACAUAUUUCUCCUACUUUGAGCUGUGUUUUAUAAUGAUGAUAAGAUUUUCUCUCCCCACAGAAACCCGACUGAAGUUAGAAGACCUUUGCCCUUAAUCUACAGAAUAUGAAUGAAAUUGAAUUUUAAACAACUAAUUAAUUAAAAGAGACCAUCAUCUGCAAAGAAAAUAACAUUUCACUCGGGCUAUAAGAGCUGGUUCGAAUCAGGAAUCUCCAUUUCCAUCCAAAUGUGCGCUAAUAAUCCCUGACACUUUGCAUUUAGCACCUUGAGCCAUUUUCAGUUCACACAAGGCACCUCUUUCCUCUCUAACAACCUGUGAAAGUCCUGAUUCAACUAGUCGAUACAUCUUCGUUAUAACUCAGGAAGCGGAGACUUUGUAGGUACUGGUCCAAUGAAUAGGGUACAGAUAAUCCAGGGCAGAUGGAUGACUGAGGGUAGGUACGGACAGGAUGGAGUUAUCCAGGGCAAACGGUGGGAUAAGCUCCUCCCCUUUGCUUUUGGCUCAAGCACAGUGUUAUUACACAUUUUGUAAAAAAAAGAAAAAUGUAAUGCUGAUUUUUGUAUUUCUACGACUUUGCACUAAUGUUGGUUUUUAUAUCCUUGUAUGUUUGUUUAUAGUUUGUAUAUCUUUUACGCUUUUUUGUAUUUUGUGUUGUUAUUACUUUUCUCAAGUCAUCUUGCGGCAUCUCGCAUAAAAUCUUUGCAUAUAAAGACAGAGAACGAAGCCUGUGAAAGCAUAUCAGGGCGAUUAUUUUCUGUAAAUGUGCAAAAGACUGGGAAACAUGACUAACCUCGUCGUCUGACAUCUGACUCUCUCUUCCUGGGAUAUUUCCAUUUCUCGAGGUUCAGCACUGUAAAUAGAAGUGUGGUACCACACAGAUACAAAGUGUGUAUAUCCAAACCUCUGCUUUGAGGUCCACUAGCUGCAACUUUGCAUCAUGCAUGCACUUAUUCUUUAUAUACGUUUAUAUAUAUUUGCUUUACUUCAUGAUUUUGUAAUUGGAAUGGACCAUAUUCCUACACACUUUUUCUGAGAAUUGGCUGUGUUUCUCAGAUGUUUACAUCAAAGGUACUCAAUUACAACACAGUAUAUAGUGUAGCAUUACUGAAAUCAUUGUUAAAGCUCCCAUGUCAUGCUUUUCUGGUUAUUACCCGUCCCCCUGUGUGUUAUGAAGCUUUUUUUGCAUGUAAACGGUCUGCAGUCACAAACCCUCAAAGUACACCCUGUAGAGAGUAAAA